AUGGCAGUAUUGCGGAGCUCUUCUAACGCGUCGACAAUAGAAAUCAACAAGUUGAUCCUAUCCUCAGCACCAUCCGGAUCAGUUUUGUUGCGUUUGGCCCAGUUCGCAGAUUCACUGUAUCUACUAGGAUACAAAGAUCCGGUGUUUCAGAUACUCGAAGGAACGGAUUUUCUCGAAAUAAGUAUCCAGGGCAAAGGGCUUCGUUCGUUCGUGGUAAACGGCAUCAAUAAUUGGCUUACUUCACUGGAUCUGGUAGAAACGUCACUCGAUCGGAUCCCAACAACAAUCGGUAAUAUACGAGCUCUACAAGCACUAAGCAUUUAUCAGAGCAACGUUGGCAGAGUGAACUUCGAUGCGUUCCUGAACAAUCGUGCCUUACAGUAUCUCUACAUCGAUGAAGGUCGCAUUACCGAGCUUUCUCCAACCAGUGGCAAGGACGCGAUCCUGCCUAUCGCAUACCUUUCACUGGCCGGCAACCGACUCGUGCAUGUUGACAUGGCAGUGUUUCGAUCGUUACCAAAUUUGGUUGAGAUAAAUUUGAGAGAGAACCCAAUUCAAUCCAUCGAUAGCAGCUCUCUCGUGACGUUGCCUGCCCAGCUCACUAGGCUUCUACUGCACUUUAAUCGACUGAGUUCGAUUCCGACACAAUUGGGGAAGCUCAAGAGUCUAUGGUGGAUCACGUUGGGCAAUAACUCCAUCAAAGACGUCGAUCUAGCUCCUCUAGCCCGCUUACCAAUGUUGAACACGAUUGACAUCGACAACUGUAACACCGAGCGCGUCUACAGCAGCGUUGUGCCACUAGUCCUACCCAGUUUAGCCUCGUUGGCGUUGUUUCAAAAUAACGUGCGCCGUUUCAACCUGACCGGUUGCGAACUACCUAGCAUUAAGUCCAUAGCUCUUUACAGUAACCAGCUGAGGGUGGUGCCGGGUGUUAUUAUACGCUAUCCUGAGCUGCGCAUGAACUUGAUCGAUAAUCCAAUACAGUGCGACAUGCUUCAGGCCUACAAGACAGCGAUCGCUAGUGGCCGUUUGAUGCUCGACAGAACAGCUAAGGAUUUAUGCUCUGCUGGGAACUUUAUCUAUAACGACCAGGGUAACUUCGUUUGCUGUAUCGCCAAAGAGCUACAAAAACAAACCUGA